AUGGCUAACGCUUACUACCACGCACUUACAGUACCCCUCAACCUUAACAAGUCAAACGAAAUCAACGAAAUCAGAAAGUGUGGACCCCCCAAAAGCCAGAAGCGAACAAACAGGAACGCAGAAAACGGUGGCCUUGAUUUCGUGGCAUCAUUUGGGGGGCGACCCGCGAACAUCAUGGCCGAUGCUCCUUUCCCCCAUCCGGUGGAGCUCGAGCUCCAACCUCGUACCCCAACAUCUCCUCCAUCCCACGCCGUUCCUCCUACGCCUCAGUAG